AUGGCAUCCAACCCAGUAUCGGAACUGGCGUCGACGAUCCAAACCGCCUCGAUCAAACGACAUCCUUCACCCAGCCAUGACCUCAACCCGUCGACAGCGGCAUCGAAGAAGAUCCCAGCCACCGUAGUAGAGCCCGAGUCAUCAUCACUACACACACAAGAUUCUCCCGCAUUAUCGCGGUCGCAAUCACUCGACUCAGCCACCUCUACUGGUUCCGAGUCAUCAACGAUCCCCAGCGAGAUCAUCCGGCCACGUCGGCGGCGGCGGUCGUUUCCCCCGAUCCCGGAUUUCCGCUUCGAGCAAUCGUACCUGGCGAGCAUCAAGAACGCAAACACGAAGUGGAAAGUCGCCUUCAUCACGAUUCGGGACCAGGUCUUCCUGCCGCUUGUCCAGGGGAUCCUGUGGAAUAUGCUCAUGUUUGGCUGGCGCCAUUGGAACCGCGGGAGUAAGUUCAAGGGAAGAACUCUGGGGGCCAGGUUGAGGAAGUGGUGGUGGGGGGUUAAUAACUGGAAACUACCUGCCGACGAUCCCGCCGACUUCAAGCGAGAUGCAAAGGUCUUGAAGAAGGCCGAGGAUUUCUUUGUCGAUCGCUUCGGCUCUUCUUUGGGCGAUUGA